UUCUCGCUGAGGCUUUAGACCGUGUGCAGGCUCCCCUCCAGCUGUGUGCGUCUAUAGGUGGGAGCCAAUCCGUGGGACCAGUCUGUCUCUGAGAGUCACUUUAAGGCUAUCAGUGCCAUGGCACCAUCACAUCCUCCGACCACUGAGCGCUGUUUCUCAUUAGUGCCAGUGCGCCACUAGGGAAUCAUUUUACGCACGAGCCUCUGCCUCUCCUGUUGCGCCAUGGAGAACUCCAGCCUGUUGGGCGGCGACGCACAGAAUGCUGGUUUGAUGGACUUUAUGCCGGACACUUUGAAGCAAGUUGUGGAUUCUCCAAAGGACGCUGCCAUGGCGGGAUUAGUGGCCAUCUUCCGCGAAGCCAGCGCAUUCAGGACUGUCGCCGGAGCUGAGUUUAUGGCCGCUCCGCCGACGGAAUCCCCUCACCUGAUGCCCGCCUUUUGGGAUUCCCCGCUCAGCCACGGAAUCAAUGUCUUUGUGGGACUUGUGCUUUGCUUCACCAUGUUGGGGCUGGGCUGCACGGUGGAGGUUAGCCAGCUCGGGGAGCAUAUCCGCAGGCCCAUCGGGGUGCUGCUGGCACUGGUGUGUCAGUUUGUUAUCAUGCCCUUGGUGGCCUUUCUGUUGGCUUUAGCCUUCUCUCUGGACGAUGUGGCGGCGAUGGCUGUUCUCCUCUGUGGCUGCUGCCCGGGAGGAAACUUAUCAAAUAUAAUGUCUCUGCUGGUGAACGGGGAGAUGAAUCUAAGCAUCGUCAUGACCAUCUCUUCCACUCUGCUGGCGCUCGUGCUGAUGCCGCUGUGUCUGUGGAUCUACAGCCGGGCCUGGAUCAACACACCCGUGGUCAACCUCAUGCCCUUCGGGGCCAUCAUCCUGACCCUGUGCAGCACUCUCAUCCCCAUUGGUUUAGGAGUUAUCCUGAGGUACCGCUACACGCGCGUGGCCGACAUUGUUUUAAAGGUCUCCCUGUGGUCUCUGCUGGUCACCCUCGUGAUGCUGUUCAUCCUGACUGGAGCGAUGCUGGGCCCGGAGCUGCUGUCCGCCAUCCCGCCCUCCGUCUACGUGGUGGCCAUCCUGAUGCCUCUGUGCGGCUACGCCGCGGGCUACGGCCUGGCCGUGCUCUUCGACCUGCCGCCCAGCAGCUGCCGGUCAGUCUCUCUGGAGACGGGAUGCCAGAACGUGCAGCUGUGCACCGCCAUCCUGAAGCUGGCCUUCCCCCCCCAGCUGAUGGGAGGCAUGUACAUGUUCCCUCUGCUGUACGCCCUGUUCCAGGCGGCCGAGGCCGGCAUCUUCAUCCUGGCCUACAGGAUGUACAGGAAGAAGGUCCUGCACAAAGCGGACCCCAUGGGGGACGGCGAGGACACGGGCAUGACGUAUCAAAGGUUUCAGGACGACGAGGACAUGGACUCGUCUUACGGUGCCGUGGCGGUGAGCGACCCGAACACCAUCAUGUUGGACCCCUGUCCUCCCGAUCCCACUCCUGUUUGAUGUGCAGACCACUACAGAUGUGGGGGGAGUGAAACCUGCAAGUGGAUCCACCGUUAUGAUCGCUGUCAUUCAUGAAGACAAACCUGGAGAACAGGGAGACGAUGCUGGGACGGUGCUUAAUGUCAUCCAGCUUUAUGCAUUCAGUUUGACAACAAAAAAAACAUCAUUAAUGUUUUAAAACAUCGCUGUGUUUCCUGGAAGUGUUGGUCGCCUGGAGAAAAUAAAUUCUUAGUCGACCAACACUUAUCGACCAAUUAUGACGGCUAAUCGAUGAGUUGAUUUAAUCAACAGAUCUGUAAAACUUCACAAAGAAUCCCACAAAAGAACCAUUUUAAAUCUUGAGUUUAUAAAUGUGUUCAUUGAUUUGUUGGAAAUAAGUAUUUAGAAUAAAAAAAGCAUAAAGACGACUAAUCGACUAAAGAAAUCUUAGUCGACUGAGAACAGAACGACGAUAACUCGACUAAUAAUCGAGUUUCUCCACAAAGAAUCACACAGAAGCAGCACUUUAAAUCUUUUGUUUACCAGAGAUGUGGUCAUUCAUUUGUUGGAAGUCAUUUGUGAGGAAAAACACAUAAAAACGACUAAUCGAGUAAAGAAACUUUAGUCGGCUAAGAACAAAACAACAGAUCUGUAAAACUCAACAAAGAAUCACACAAAAGCUUUAAAUCUAGAGUUCAUAAAUGUGUUCAUUGAUUUGUUAGAUAUAAAUUAUUUAGCAUGAAAAAAGCCUAAAAAACAACAAAUCGACAAAACAAAUGUAAGUCGACGAUGAACAAAACGACUCAGAGAGUUGAGCCCUCGUUACCUGUAAACAUCUGCUCAUCAGCUCAACUUCAACCUGUGAAAGUCUCAUUCAUCAAUAAAUCAUCACAGACGAGCAGAGCUUCAAACACUGUCUGAACAAAAUGUACAAUAUGUGUAUAUUAUAAACAACUGUGUCAACAAAAUAAAA